AUGACAAUACCGAACGCACGCGAGUCUCCGCCGCCGCCAUUACCUCCACCGCGUCAUAUUGGCGAGUUAAACGGUAUACAGGGCUGCGCAUGGCAACGGGGAAACGGCGAAAACGGCGCCGGUGUUGGAGGCAGCUCGGUUGCCAAGGUGAAACAGGGUUCGAGUUUGCUGAACGGGACCGGUCAAGUGAAACGGGUCAACUCAGAAGAGCAUGCUGAAGGAGAUGGUGCUGCGCGACAUGGCACUUCGCUGUCGACGGCUAAAUCCUCGGACGUAGCCAUGGACUCGGACAGCCAGGAGCGCAGCGACGAAGAACGCGGGUCGCAGUCAAGGCCGUCUCUCGCAAACUAUAGGCUGCAGAGUGAAAGACAGCUCGGUCAGCGCUCACUUGAUCAUUCUUCGCAGGCGUACGACAAGCAGCUGCUGUCCAAAAUCGGAGGUCCUAACACUCCGACGCGGAUUGCGGGGGGCAACUACCUCUCCACCAGUGCUCAAGAAACCUCAACUGGCUCACACAACAUGGUCGAGAAGCUCAACGGCCAACUCAAGCCUUUGUCUAUGCCGGAGCGACGGUUCUCUUCGGUGGAUUCCCCAAGCACUCGUUGGCCUUCAUCCGGCACGGUUUCUCCGGGCAACAUGGGUUUCCGCAGCCCCGGAUACGAGCAAACGCCGACCGACCCUGCUUUGUCGCGACGCUUCAGUACCAUCUCCAGUAUGGGCGGAUUUGAAGAAUCGGCACCAAGCACAGCAAUAUCGCAUCGCGGAAGUUAUGAUCAUGCAAUGUUUUCAGAGCAAGACUUUCCGAUGGAGGAAAAUGCUAUGCGGGACUUGAACAUCAGCGAACGCAGUCCGUCAGGUUCUGACGAAUACCAAACGACCUCCAAGGUGGGCGUGAAACGUCGCGCACCAACGCCGCCCACUGAGGCUGCUCGAGAUGACCGUGCGAGUGGUGGGAACGAUCUCUAUCAUCGGCGUUCAGCGCAAAUGCUGAACCAGCGAAACUUGCCUGUGUCAAGGUUCCAUGCGAAUCAUGGCUCACUAUCGUCAACCUCAUCGCUGGGCCAGAGAAACGGAUCUUAUGCAUCUUCAUUCGGACUAUCAGCCGCAAGCAGUGCGACCAGUUACAACGGCGAGCGAAUUUCACCUAGCGCGUCGUCUCCAUCCAUCGAUACUGAGUUCGGACCCGCUUCGCCAUACAUCAACAACAGGUCUUACGAGCUCCAUGAACUGGAAAAGCAGUACACAUGUCAGUACUGCCCAAAUCGCUUCAAGAACAAGAACGAAGCCGAACGGCACCAAAAUUCGCUCCACCUCCGCCGCCAUUCCUGGUCCUGCGCAGCACUGGCAGGCGUUCAUGCAGCCUUCCAUCCCUCAACACUCCACCCAACAGCAGCCGAUGUGUGCGGCUACUGCGGCGAAGAGUUUUCGAACCCGGCCAAUUGGGAGGCACGGGCCGAGCACCUCGAUCACGUGCACAAGUUUGGUGAAUGCAACCAGGCCAAGAAAUUCUUCCGUGCCGACCACUUUCGUCAGCACCUUAAGCACAGUCAUGCAGGAACGAGUGGAAAGUGGACGAACAUGCUGGAGAACGCCUGUAUGAAGAACGAACCGCCGCCAAAAGAGAGAAUGAGUUCAGUCGUCGCGUUCGUAGAUGCCAGUCCGGGAUCCAACUCUCCGGGCAAUGGCAUGACUCCGCCAGGAAUCCCUGUUGCGCCUAUGAUUGCGCCUCCAAGUACUGGUACCAUGGAAGAUGUGCAAAACGGAUCGUAA